AUGGAGAAUAAAACAAUUCUAGAAGAACUUCUUCUAAAGAAGUCACAACAGAAGAAAAAAAUAUCACCAGUUAAUUACAAGAAAAGGUUGUUCGUUCUGACAAAAGCAAGCCUUUCGUAUUAUGAAUAUGGCAAAGAGAAAAGAGGAAGAAAAAAGGGGUCUAUUGAGAUUGAGAAAAUCCGAUGUGUUGAGACAGUGAAUCUUGAAGAAUUAACGCCUGUUGCAAGACAAUAUCCUUUUCAGAUUGUGUACAAGGGUGGCCUACUUUAUGUCUAUGCAGCUAAUGAAGAGAGACGGAAGCAGUGGCUUGCAGCUUUGCAUAAAGAAAUUAAAGACAAUAAUGAUUUACUAAGCAAGUAUCAUAGAAGAUUCUUCACCAAUGGGAGGUUUCUCUGUUGCAACCAGACUUGUAAAGCGGCCCCUGGAUGUACAGUUUGGGAGAAAUAUGUGACUCUAUGUUGCACAACCUGGUCUGUGAAACCACUGCCUCCAGUUCCUCAAACACUGUUGAGACGUAGAAGCCUGCCUCAGGUACUAUCACCAAGCAAGUCAGUCCUGAAUAUGGCUGUGGCCCAAUGCAACUAUGAACCCUUAGGAGAUUCAGCUAUCCGGCUUGUCAAAUGCAAUAAAUACCACGUAUUGCAAGAGGAAGAUUUUGCCUGGUGGAAAGUGAGAGAUUUGGAAGGGGAAAACUCAAGUGUCAAUGAGCACACAUCAUCAGAAGAGCAGAGUAUUGCACAGCACAAUUGGUAUGCUGGUGGUAUCUCCCGUGCCCAGUCUGAGCAGCUGCUCCGUCAGAAGGGAAAAGAAGGUGCUUUUAUGGUGCGGAAAUCUUCUAGCCAGGCAGGAACAUUUACUGUGUCUGUAUUCAGCAAAUUUCAUGAAAGUAAAAAAGGAACAGUCAAACAUUACCAUGUGCACAAAACCCCUCAGAACAAGUAUUACCUUGCUGAAAAUUACUGUUUUGAAUCAAUUCCCAAACUUAUACACUAUCACCAGCACAACUCAGCAGGUAUGGUGACAAGGCUCCGGCAUGCAGUAUCUAUGCAAGUAAAUAAAGUCCCAGACACAGCUUCACUGGGAAAUGGAAUAUGGGAGCUGAAGCGAGAAGAAAUUGUCCUGUUGAGAGAGCUAGGAAGUGGUCAGUUUGGAGAGGUGCAUCUGGGAAAGUGGAAGGGACGAUAUGAUGUGGCUGUAAAGAUGGUUAAAGAGGGAACAAUGUCAGAAGAUGAAUUCACAGAAGAAGCUCAGACCAUGAUGAAACUUAAUCAUCCCAAACUUGUUAGACUGUACGGUGUAUGCUCAAAACUGUAUCCCAUCUAUAUAGUGAUGGAAUAUAUGUCAAACGGCAGUUUGCUUAGCUACUUACAGAGUCAUGGGAAGGAGCUGCAACCCCUUCAGCUUCUGGAAAUAUGUUAUGACGUUUGUGAUGCUAUGGCGUUUCUGGAGAGCUGCCAGUUCAUACACAGAGACUUGGCUGCUAGAAACUGUUUGGUUGACAGCAAUCUUACUGUGAAAGUAUCUGACUUUGGAAUGACAAGGUAUGUUCUGGAUGAUCUGUAUGUAAGCUCACUAGGAACCAAGUUUCCAGUGAAGUGGUCAGCACCAGAAGUUUUUCAUUACACCAAAUUUAGCAGCAAGUCAGAUGUAUGGGCCUUCGGUAUCUUAAUGUGGGAGGUGUUCACUUUGGGAAAGCAGCCAUACGAGCUGUAUGAUAACAUGCAGGUGAUUGAGAAAGUUUCUCAGGGAUACAGACUUUAUAGACCACAACUGGUUUCAGACAUCACCUACCAGAUAAUGUACAACUGCUGGCAUGAGCUACCAGAAAAGCGUCCUGCCUUUUUUCAGCUUCUAUCGUUUUUCGAGGCACUGAGAGAAGACAGCAGGGCUUGAAAAAGAAGAUUCAUAGACUGAUGACUGUGCAUACUGGUUCCAUAUCACCUGUCUUCUGUGAGAGAAUUAAAUAUGAACUCUUCCUGACAUUAACCACCUCUAUUAUUCUGUAUAUUAGUCUUUUUCUGACUUAAUCAGAGACCUGACCAAGAAGUGUAUGGAGAAAGCUUUUAUGAUAUGCUGCAGGUGAUAGAAUCUGGAAGGAUGCUGUGGAAGAAUAUAAUUCAUUCUGUUAGCAUUGUCUCAAAGGACUUCACAGACACUGAGGCAUACAGCAACUGUGUAUACACCUUCCUUGCUUCCAAGCUGUCAUUGUUUGGCCUUAACUGGAAAUGUAAAUAGGGAAAUUCAUGCUUGUUAGGUUUUCUGAUUAUCAUAACUCAUCUGAAUGUAUUUUUUUCUUUGUAAUCCCUUGAAGCUGACGCCUGAGGUCAAAUUUAGAACUGCUGCAAGUAACAGUAACAUAAGAAGUUAUAGCCUCACUUUCAAUUACUUAGAAAUUUCUAUUGGUAAAAUAUUUUAUCAGUUUGUUUACUAGUAGUAUUGAUCUUAAUUUUGGCCCUCAGGGUAUGUGUUUGAUUUGGAAUUUAUUCUAAACUACGUAUCUAAGAUAUUUGCAGCUUAGCUACAUACGAGGAGUUUUUUGGAGUGUUAUUGCUUCCUGCUGCACUUAGAAAAUGGAAAAAAAAAUUUUUUUUUGCAGAAUUUUGUAGUCAUUACAAUAGUAGGUGGUAAGUUACGCUGAUCUCUAUAAAACCUGAAGAGCCAAAAUUUUAGAAGAACUGAAAAUGUUAUUAAUAUGAUUGCUUAGCCAGAUAUUUUACUAGUGAUGAGAUGAAAUGUGGUUCCUAAUGUUAACACUGAGUUCUUAAAUAAGAACACCCAACUUUCAAAUGCUCAUAGCACUAUGCUAAUUAACACUAACUUCAUUCUGUCUAGAGAUACCAAAUACAUCUGAAGUUACUUAACCAUAACAGAGUAGUCUAAACUUAGACACUGACAUUUGUAAAAUGCUGAUCUAAUGUAUAUAAAAAGAAGGGUUA